AUGGCAACCUCUCCAGAAGAUUUUCAUCUCCUACCAGUGGAGAGCCUGUCAAAGGCUGUUCUGCCCCCAAUUGGAGGAAUGUGGCAUUCUGAUGAUGUGGACAAGGCCAUCAAAGCAAAGAAGGAGAUGGAGGAGAAGUUAAAAGCUCACCAGAAGCUGCUGAAACAUAGGAGGAGUAAAGUGAAACGAAACCAACUCCAUAUGAUAAUGGUCUCCAGAGCCAUGAAGAGUUACAGACAGAGCCAAGAGAGUGGAGCUGUGCGCAGUCUUUCACCAGAACCACAAUUUCCAUCUACUAUGAUCAGCAAGGAGCGGAAAAGAAUGAUGAACUACAGUUUCUUAAAGCGUUGUGUAGAGAGUCGACCCUAUGCUCCGAUCCAGCAACAGUGGUUGGACUCAAUUGUAGCCCGAGUCUCCCCUAAACUGAAAGAGAACCCUGAGAUGAAUAAACUUCUACAGGAGCUCUGCGUGGAAGUCAGCGAUGAGUUCCACAAAGUGAUUGUCAAGCACACAGUGGGCACAGUUUUAAAGGAUCCUCAGCAACAAGAACAGAGCUCAAAAACACAGAGAGUUUCUCAGUCAAAAAUUCUUGAUUUCUCAAAACCAUGGCAUGAUAGCUUUGUAAAACGCUGCAAGCUGGUAAAAGCAAAUUUGCACAUUCUACAUCCUGUGAUGCAAACUUUGUUGGAUAUCGGCUACUCAACAUUUUCUGAACUGUUCCUAGUUGAUCUGUCAGCAUUUCGAGCUUUAGGACCUCUGGAAUAUAAAAGCCUACAGAACAAAGUAGCCGUGAUGUGUAAGAAGAAAGAAGACAGUAUCAUGAGUACCUGGUAUCCUAAAAUCAUCCACUUGUUAACAAAUGAAAAAAUACAGAAGCGCGUUAAAGCUGAGAAAAUGGAUUCAUUUUAUAACUGUGCAUCAACCCUUAUUUCCAAUCAGUUAAAAUCGGUGCUCCAGGCAAAUGUAGAAAAGUUUGUCAGUGUAUUUGAUCCAAACAACCACCACUGCUUGCCUGUGUUUCGCAUGGCUUUGACAUUUGAUGAUGAAAAAAUGGAAAUCUACCCCACCCUCCAAGAUUUGGAAGACUCUGUUUUGAAUAUCCUUAAUGCCAUAGCAAAUACACUGCAGAAAGUACAAACUGUGCAGUCGUGGAUGGAACAAACCUCAUCUUCAUUUGUGGAUGCCACUGUGCCUGAUGAGGUCCUUUCUUGGGCUCAGUCCACUGUGAAGAAUGCUGUGCAAAAGAACCUAGAAGAACCCGACCAACAUUUCAGGACUUACGUGAACAACUAUGACUGGCUUGUGAAUGGGACUGCACAGAGCAAAGUAGACACAUUUAUGAAGGCGGAGCUCUCCUUUGAUGAGUACACUAAGCAAGUGGAAAAGUUUCAUAUGCUGUCAGAUGAGAUUAGCAGGCUCCCAUCAAAACUCUUCUUCCCAAUGGUCCUUCUGAACUGUGAGGAGCUGAAAAAAGGUCUCACCAACAAAGCUAAAAUGUAUGCCGAAACAUUUCUGAAGAAACUCGUCAUUGCGCAUAGAGAGCAAAAUUUACAGAUCUGUUUUGAAUUUCAAGAAAUCCAAAAGAAAGUUCUGGAAGUUCCAAAAAGCACAGAAAACAUUGCUCAGAUAGAAGAAUACAUCAAGUUUACCAAAACCAAGGGGGUUGUGCAACUAAGUGAAAGGUUAAAGGAAGCCUGCUCCAAACUCCUUUAUCUUUUGAAUGUCUACAUCUUUGAGCCAGAAGAUUUGGAGCUGAAUUUGAUUGUAUUUCACUGGCCCCAAAACAUCCUGCAUGCUUUUGAGCUCAGUGAUGAGGUGCUACAAAACGCUAAGGAGAAAGAAAAGACAGAGCUUAUUGCCAAAAGGGAAAAAUUAAUGGUAGACCUGGAAGUUUUGGGAUGCAGAAUAGAGGAGUUCUCACAAUACUCUGAGCUGAGUAGAAUGCAGCAGUAUGUUGCAAAUGUAAUAAAAGUUCAGAAACUUCUCCACGAGGCUGAGAAGGCUAUUGUCCUUAUCAAUGAGGAAGAGGCUUUUUACGAAUGGGACUUAACAAGUUACCCAGAGGUUGAAGUUCUCAAAGAGAGCAUGGAACCAUAUCAGAAGCUGUUUGGAUUUGUCCUGAAGUGGCAGCGCACAGAAAACAGAUGGAUGGAUGGCUCCUUUUUGGAGCUAGAUGGGGAAAGCAUGGAAGUCCAACUGGAUGAGUUCUACAGGGAGAUCUUCAAGAUGCUGAAGUUUUUCCAGCAGAAGCAGAUUAAAGCUGCACAAGAGAUGGAGAAGAUCUCUGGGAAGACAAGAGAAAAUAUCUCUACGAAGACAAGACAAAGUCCUAGGGAAGAAGAUCUAAAGAAACAGGAGAGUCCAACAAUAGUUGUGUGCUCUACUGUAAUGAAACAGAUCAAAAUGUUCCGGGACUACAUCCCUGUGGUGUCCAUCUUGUGCAACCCUGGUAUUAGAACUCGUCACUGGAACCUUAUGUCAAAGAUAGUUGGGUUUGACCUCACUCCUGACUCUGGUACAACCCUACGGAAAGUUCUCAAACAAAACCUAGCACCUUACCUGAAUGAAUUUGAAUCUAUUAGUGCUGCUGCUAGUAAGGAGUUUUCUAUGGAGAAGGCAAUGCAGACCAUGGUACAGAUUUGGGAUGAUAUUUCCUUCCACCAUCAACCUUACAGAGAAACUGGUGUUUCCAUCUUAACUGCCUUGGAUGAUAUCCAGACAGUGUUAGAUGACCAGAUUGUAAAGACUCAGACAAUUAGGGGUUCACCAUUCAUCAAACCCUUUGAAAAUAAAAUCAAGCAAUGGGAGGAGCGCCUACGUCAUAUUCAGGAAACCAUAGACGAGUGGCUUAAGGUGCAAGCCCAGUGGCUUUACCUGGAGCCCAUCUUUUCAUCGCAGGACAUCAUGCAUCAGAUUCCAAAAGAAGGGAGACUUUUUCAAAUUGUUGACAAAAACUGGAAAGAGAUCAUGAGACACUGUGUUAAGGAUUCUAAAGUUCUGCCAGCAACCUCAUUACCUGGUUUGCUUGGAAAACUGCAAGAUUCCAACACCCAUCUUGAUAACAUAAUGAAAGGCUUGAACGCCUACCUGGAGAAGAAACGUCUCUUUUUCCCUCGGUUUUUCUUCUUGUCCAAUGAUGAAAUGCUCGAGAUUCUCUCAGAGACUAAGGACCCUCUGCGAGUUCAGCCUCAUCUGAAGAAGUGCUUCGAGGGUAUUUCCAAACUGGACUUCUUACCCAAUCUGGAUAUCCAGGCCAUGUACAGCAGUGAAGGGGAGCGUGUUGAGCUAAUCCAGCACAUCUCUACAUCUGAAGCCAAAGGAGCUGUGGAGAAGUGGCUGGUGCAGGUGGAGGAUGUGAUGGUUCGCAGUGUCAGAGAUGUUGUGGCCUGCUCCAGAGUGGCCUAUGGUGAGACGGCACGGGACCAGUGGGUCAAGGAGUGGCCUGGUCAGGUGGUCAUCUGCACCUCGCAGAUGUUUUGGACCUUAGAAGUUCAUGAAGCCAUCAAAACAGGGGCUAAUGGUAUAAAGGACUACUAUCAACAACUCCAAAAGCAACUGAAUGACAUUAUAAAGCUGGUGAGAGGAAAACUAGCCAAGCAAACACGGACUACUCUGGGAGCACUUGUCACCAUCGAUGUUCAUGCCAGGGAUGUAGUCAUGGAGCUUAUUGAGAAAGGUGUAUCGCAUGAAACUGAUUUCCAAUGGCUAGCCCAGCUUCGUUAUUACUGGAGCAAUGACAACGUUCGUGUUCGCAUAAUCAACUGUGACGUUAAAUAUGCCUACGAGUACCUGGGCAACUCUCCACGUCUGGUCAUCACUCCUCUGACUGACCGAUGUUACCGAACCUUGAUUGGAGCUUUCUACCUGAAUUUGGGUGGUGCACCUGAGGGUCCAGCAGGAACUGGAAAGACUGAAACCACCAAAGAUUUGGCCAAAGCUCUUGCUGUUCAGUGCGUGGUGUUUAACUGUUCAGAUGGAUUGGACUAUCUUGCUAUGGGAAAGUUUUUUAAAGGUUUAGCUUCGUCUGGAGCAUGGGCAUGCUUUGAUGAAUUCAACCGUAUUGAGCUGGAGGUGCUGUCUGUAGUAGCGCAGCAGGUUCUGUGCAUCCAGAGGGCCAUCGAGCAGAGACUGGAGUACUUUGACUUUGAAGGAACCACACUUAAACUCAACCCCAACUGCUUUGUGUCCAUAACAAUGAACCCUGGCUAUGCAGGACGUUCAGAGCUCCCAGACAACCUUAAGGUGUUGUUUCGAACAGUGGCCAUGAUGGUUCCAAACUAUGCUCUAAUAGCAGAGAUCUCGCUGUAUUCUUACGGCUUCCUCAACGCCAAACCACUGUCAGUAAAAAUUGUGAUGACCUACAGGCUUUGUUCAGAGCAGCUCUCCUCUCAGUUUCAUUAUGAUUAUGGUAUGAGAGCUGUCAAAGCAGUACUUGUAGCUGCAGGAAACCUCAAGCUCAAGUAUCCUGACGAGAAUGAAGACAUUCUGCUCCUGAGAUCCAUAAAGGAUGUUAACGAGCCCAAGUUUCUCUCUCAUGAUAUUCCGCUCUUCAAUGGCAUCACCAGCGAUUUAUUUCCAGGCAUUUCUCUUCCUAUCGCUGACUAUCAGCUGUUCUUAGAGGCUGCUGAAGAAUGCUGUAAAAAUCACAACGUACAGCCAACGCAGGUCUUCUUACAAAAGAUGAUCCAAACAUAUGAGAUGAUGGUUGUUAGACACGGGUUUAUGUUGGUGGGAGAGCCCUUUGCUGGAAAGACAAAGGUGCUGCAUGUUUUGGCAGACACUCUGACUCUCAUGAAUGAAAAAGGGUAUGGAGCAGAAGAAAAGGUCAUCUUCAGGACAAUGAAUCCAAAGUCCAUUACAAUGGGACAGCUCUUUGGCCAGUUUGACCUAGUUUCUCAUGAGUGGACAGAUGGGAUUGUGGCCAACACAUUUCGUGAGUUUGCAUUAGCUGACACACCAGACCGCAAGUGGGUGGUGUUUGAUGGUCCCAUAGAUACUCUGUGGAUUGAGAGUAUGAACACUGUGCUGGAUGACAACAAAAAAUUGUGUCUAAUGAGUGGUGAGAUCAUUCAGAUGUCAAGUCAGAUGAGUCUGAUUUUUGAAGCCAUGGAUUUAUCACAAGCUUCUCCUGCCACAGUCAGUCGAUGUGGGAUGAUCUACAUGGAGCCGUCUCAGCUGGGCUGGAAGCCUUUGGUGAUCUCCUGGAUGAACACUCUUCCUGAAGCUCUGCAGACCCAUGUCAGCCGCUCUCUACUGCUGGAGCUCUUCCUCUGGCUCCUGCCACCCACCCUGAUACAUCUGCGAAAACACUGCAGAGAAGUUGUUCCAACAAGCAACAGUAACACUGUAGUGUCCCUGUGUCGAUUGUUUGAGAUGCUUCUCACUGAACCAGUAAAGACGAAUCCUGGAUAUCCAGAAAUUCGUACUUGGAUCAUGGCAGCUUUUACGUUCUCUCUGGUCUGGUCUGUGGGUGGUGCCUGUGAUGCAGACAGCAGAGAGAAGUUUAGUGAGUUCUUCAGGAGAACCAUUUCAGGAAAAACAAAGGAAAAUCCAAUCCCUCAAACAGUGGGGAAAUGGGAGUGUCCACUGGAUGAGAAAGGCCAAGUGUAUGAUUACUUUUACGAGUUUAAAGGAAAAGGCAAAUGGAUUCACUGGAAUGAGGAAAUUCAAAAUAUCAACCUUGGGGACAAAAACACAAAAGUACAGGAGAUCAUUGUUCCCACUAUAGAUACAGUUCGUUACACUUACUUAAUGGACCUUUGCAUCAACCACGGAGUCCCUCCUCUGUUUGUUGGUCCUACUGGCACUGGAAAGUCUGUCUAUGUGAAGGAGAAACUGAUGAAUAAUCUAGACAAAGACAGUUUUCUUCCCUUCUUCAUCAACUUUUCAGCUCGAACUAGUGCAAACCAAACUCAGAAUAUCAUCAUGUCCAGAUUGGAUAAGAGAAGGAAAGGUGUUUUUGGCCCUCCCAUGGGGAAAAAGUGUAUCAUCUUUGUAGAUGAUAUGAACAUGCCUGCUCUGGAACAGUUUGGUGCUCAGCCUCCUGUGGAGCUUCUUCGACAGUUCAUAGAUCAUGGAAACUGGUAUGACCUUAAGGAUACAUCCAAGAUUAGUCUUGUGGACCUGCAGCUCAUCUCAGCAAUGGGUCCCCCUGGUGGUGGAAGAAAUGCUAUAACUUCUCGAUUUCUACGGCAUUUGAACAUUUUUAGCAUAAAUCCCUUUAGUGACGAUACCAUGGUUUGGAUUUUCUCCAACAUUGUGAACUUCUAUCUGAAAAACAGUAUGUUCCCUCUUGAAUGUUUUCCUGUUGGCAACCAAAUAGUGACAGCAACAAUGAAAGUGUAUAAGGAAGCCAUGGAAAACCUGCUUCCAACACCAGCAAAGUCUCACUAUACGUUCAACCUACGAGACUUCUCCCGCGUCAUUCGAGGCUGCCUGCUGCUGAAGAAGGAGUCUCUGGAACACAAACAUACUAUGAUUCGGUUGUUUGUCCACGAGGUCCUCCGUGUCUACUACGACCGACUGGUGGAUGACAAGGAUAGAGCAUGGCUCUUUAAUCUGAUGAACAGCGUCCUCAAAGAUCAUUUCAAAGAGUCCUUUGAGCAGGUCUUUGAUCACCUGAAAAAAGGCCAUAAACUGGUAGAGGAAGACAUGCAGAAUCUUCUCUUUGGUGAUUACAUGAACCCUGACCAUGAGGAUGAUGAGCGUUUAUAUGCUGAGGUGCCCUCCAUGGAUACCUUUGCUGAAGUGGUGGAGUCAUGUCUUGAAGAAUACAACCAGAUGCACAAGAAUCGGAUGAACCUUGUCAUCUUCCGCUAUGUCCUGGAACACUUGUCCCGUAUAAGCCGAGUGUUAAAGCAGCCAGGAGGUAAUGCUCUGCUGGUGGGAGUGGGAGGCAGCGGUCGUCAGUCCAUCACCCGUCUGGCUACAUCAAUGGCUCAUAUGACCAUGUUCCAGCCUGAAAUCUCUAAGAGUUACGGCAUGACAGAGUGGAGGGAUGACCUCAAGAUGCUGCUGAAAAAUGCUGGGGUUAAAGGACAGAAGACAGUUUUCCUGAUAACUGAUGCUCAGAUCAAAGAUGAGGCUUUUCUGGAGGAUGUGGACAGUGUUCUGAACUCAGGAGAAGUACCUAAUCUGUUUGCUGUAGAUGAGAAGCAGGAAAUUAUGGAGACAAUGCGUCCCAUCGCUCAGGCUGGUAAUAAGAAUUUGGAGCUGAGCCCCUUGACUCUGUUUGCCUUCUUCGUGGCACGCUGUAGAGAGAACCUACACGUAGUUGUUGCCUUCAGUCCCAUCGGAAACACCUUUCGAAAUCGCCUACGACAGUUUCCAUCUCUUAUUAACUGCUGUACUAUUGACUGGUAUCAGUCAUGGCCAGAAGAAGCUCUUGAGCGAGUAGCCAACUCCUUCUUGGAGUCACUGGAGAUGAGUGAAAAUGAAAGGCAGGAGGUUAUACCCAUCUGCAAAACAUUUCACACCUCUGCCAAACAACUCUCACAAAGAUUCCUCACAGAACUAGGGCGCCCUAAUUAUGUGACUUCUACAUCCUACCUGGAGCUAAUCGCAGCUUUCCGUCUACUGCUCACUCAGAAAAGAGACACUGUCAUGAAAGCAAAACAGAGGUACAUCAAUGGUUUGGAUCAACUUGCCUUUGCUGAAUCUCAGGUUGCUGAGAUGAAAAAGGAGCUAGUAGAUCUACAACCCAAACUGGAACAGGCAAAGAUUGACAACACCAAAAUGAUGAAGGUGAUUAAACAGGAGUCUGUAGAAGUGGAAGCAAAAAGUAAAGUUGUGCGAGCCGAUGAAGAGGCAGCAACUAUAAAAGCCAGUGAAGCCCAGGCUCUGAAGAAUGAGUGUGAGAGUGACUUGGCUGAAGCCAUCCCAGUUCUGGAGGCUGCCAUCUCUGCCUUGAACACGUUAAAACCAACUGAUGUCACAAUUGUGAAAGCGAUGAAAAAUCCACCUUCAGGAGUGAAGCUGGUGAUGGCAGCUGUGUGUGUGAUGAAGAUGAUAAAACCAGAUAGGAUAGCUGACCCUGCUGGGACUGGGAAAAAGAUUUUUGAUUACUGGGGUCCAAGCAAGAAGCUACUGGGAGAUAUGAACUUUUUACGAGAUCUGAAAGAAUAUGACAAAGACAAUAUUCCUGUCCCUGUGAUGCAAAAAAUCCGUAGUGAGUUCAUGACCAACCCUGACUUUAAUCCCAGCAUUGUGGCUAAGGCCUCCUCUGCAGCAGAAGGUCUGUGCAAGUGGAUCCAAGCAAUGGAGGUCUAUGACAGGGUGGCAAAGGUUGUUGCCCCUAAAAAGGCCAACCUUGCAGAGGCACAGGAGUCCCUGGCUGUUACCAGGGCUCUGCUAGACCAGAAAAGAGACGAGUUAAAAGAAGUUGAGGACCGCUUGGCUGCACUUCAGACAACCUUUGAGGAGAAGACAGAGGAGAAGGCCCAACUGGAGUUCCAAGUAGAUUUGUGCGGAAAGAAGCUAGAGAGGGCUGAAAAGCUCAUUGGUGGUCUGGGUGGAGAAAAAAGCAGAUGGUCAAAAGCUGCAGAUGAUCUGCAGAACACCUAUGACAACUUGACUGGGGACGUUCUUAUCUCUGCUGGUGUCAUUGCAUACUUGGGAGCGUUCACUGCUGGUUUCAGACAGAGCUGCACUAAGUUAUGGACCAGUCUCUGCCAAUCUAAGAAUAUCCCAUCCUCAGAUGACUUCUCUCUCAGUAAAACUCUGGGAGAUCCCAUAAAAAUCAGAGCUUGGAACAUUGCAGGCCUUCCCAGUGACUCCUUCUCUAUUGACAAUGGUGUCCUUGUCAGUAACUCACGUAGAUGGCCUUUGAUGAUUGAUCCUCAAGGUCAAGCCAACAAAUGGGUGAAGAAUUCAGAGAAGGACAAUAACCUGAGUGUAGUCAAGCUAACAGAUGCAGACUACAUAAGAACUUUAGAAAAUUGCAUUCAGUUUGGAACACCCUUGUUGCUGGAGAAUGUAGGCGAAGAGCUGGACCCGUCUCUUGAACCACUGCUGCUUAAACAAACCUUCAAACAAGGUGGUGUGGAUUGCAUCCGGCUUGGCGAGAGUGUAAUCGAGUACUCACCUGAUUUCCGUUUCUACGUCACCACUAAGCUCAGGAACCCACACUAUCUACCAGAACUGGCCACCAAAGUGUCUUUGCUCAAUUUUAUGAUCACACCAGAGGGUCUGGAGGACCAGCUGCUGGGGAUCGUUGUUGCAAAGGAAAUACCAGAACUAGAAGAGGAGAGAAACGCAUUAAUCCUGCAGUCAGCUGACAAUAAGAGGCAGCUAAAGGAAAUAGAAGAUAAAAUACUGGAAACUCUGCAAUCUUCUGAGGGAAACAUCCUGGAGGAUGAGAGUGCCAUUCAGAUUCUAGACUCUGCAAAGCUCAUGUCAAAUGAGAUUACCAAGAAACAGCAGAUUGCAGAGAAAACCGAGAUCAAGAUUGCUGAGUCUAGAGAAGGUUACAGACAGAUUGCCAAGCAUUCAUCGAUCUUGUUCUUCAGUAUUGCUGAUUUGACCAACAUAGACCCCAUGUACCAGUACUCACUCAGCUGGUUUGUGAACCUCUACAUUAACUCUAUUCAACACAGUUUGAAAUCCAAGAUGCUGGAGAUAAGGCUUCAAUAUUUAGCUACUCACUUCACCUAUAACCUGUACUGUAACGUCUGUCGGUCUCUCUUUGAGAAGGACAAACUCCUCUUCUCCUUCCUUCUCUGCUGCAACUUGCUACUAGCAAAGGGGGAGAUUGAGUACCAGGAUUUUAUGUUCUUGCUGACUGGGGGAGUGGGCCUGCAGAACACCAUUCCCAACCCAGACCCCAGCUGGCUACAGGAAAAGAGCUGGGAAGAAAUCUGCAGAGCUAGUGAACUGCCCAGCUUACAGGGAAUAAAAGAGGCUUUCAUGAAGAGCCCAGCAGACUUUAAACCUAUUUACGACAGCAAAGAGCCAUGCAGUGUUGGGCUGCCAGAUCCUUGGUCUGAGCGUCUCGGUAACCUGCAGAAAAUGAUCAUUAUCCGCUGUCUCAGGCCUGAUAAGAUACUACCAGCUGUCACUAAAUAUGUGACUAACAAUCUGAAAAAGAACUUUGUUCAGCCCCCUCCCUUUGACUUGAGUAAGAGCUACCUGGACUCCAACUGCACCAUCCCGCUGGUGUUUGUUCUUUCUCCAGGAGCAGAUCCCAUGGCUAGUUUAUUAAAGUUUGCCAGUGACAAGAAAAUGAGUGAUACUAAGUUCCAGUCUAUCUCUCUGGGUCAGGGCCAGGGGCCCAUAGCUGCUAAAAUGAUAUCCACAGCUAUGCAGGAUGGCACGUGGGUCUGUUUGCAGAAUUGUCACCUGGCUGUUUCGUGGAUGUCCACUCUAGAGAAAAUCUGUGAGAACUUCAGUCCUGCAACAUGCCACCAAGAUUUCCGUCUCUGGCUCACAAGUUACCCAUCAUCCAAAUUUCCAGUGACCAUCCUGCAGAAUGGGGUAAAAAUGACAAAUGAGCCCCCUACAGGACUUCGUCUCAACCUGCUGCAGUCUUACUUGACAUAUCCUAUUUCUGACACAAACUUCUUCAAUAACUGCCCAAAUAAAGAGAUAGUUUGGGAGAAGCUCCUGUUUGGAUUGUGCUUCUUCCAUGCUCUUGUUCAAGAGAGGAAGAAAUUUGGUCCACUGGGGUGGAACAUUCCCUACGGCUUUAACGAGUCUGACCUUCGCAUAAGCAUCAGACAGCUUCAGCUGUUUGUUAAAGAAUAUGAUAAGGUGCCCUUGGAGGCCAUAACGUAUCUGACUGGAGAGUGUAACUAUGGUGGUCGUGUCACCGACGACUGGGAUCGGCGGCUCCUGCUGACUAUCUUGGCUGAUUUCUACAACAAGGGCAUUAUUGAGACACCUAGCUACCGUUUGUCACCCAGCGGUGAAUACCUUAUCCCACCUAAAUCUAGCUACAAAGACUACAUUAUUUUCAUUAAGAAUCUUCCAUUCAGCCAGCAUCCAGAAGUGUUUGGGAUGCAUGAAAAUGUUGACAUCUCUAAAGAUUUGCAGCAAACUAAGCUGCUGUUUGAUUCGCUGCUUCUGACCCAGGGUGGAGGCGCAAAGGGUGGGGCCAGUACUGGAAGUGACCACACCCUGUAUGACAUCGCUAAUGACAUCCUUACCAAGCUUCCAACUAAUUUUGACACUGAAGCGGCUCUCUUGAAGUUCCCAGUGCUCUAUGAAGAAAGUAUGAACACAGUCCUCGUUCAGGAAAUGGAGCGCUACAACAUGUUGUGUGGCACUAUUCGUGUGAGUCUACAGAACCUCGUAAAAGCUAUUAAGGGCUUGGUGGUGAUGGAUUCAGAGCUGGAGGCAGUUGCAGGCAAUUUGAUAGUGGGCAAGGUCCCAGACAAAUGGGCCAAGCGCUCUUACCCAAGUCUCAAACCUCUGGGUAGUUACAUUAAUGACUUUCUCUUAAGGCUCAGAUUUUUACAGGUUUGGUAUGAAACCAGAAAGCCCAGAGUGUUCUGGCUGUCUGGCUUCUUCUUCACACAAGCCUUCCUGACUGGAGCUAUGCAGAACUAUGCCAGGAAAUAUCAUAUCCCCAUUGACAUGUUGGGCUUUGAUUUUGAGGUCCUUCCAAUUGAUAUGUCAGAAGCAGAGCCUGAAGAUGGUGUUUACAUUCAUGGGUUGUUUCUUGAUGGAGCUCGAUGGGACAAAGAAAGUGGAGUUCUGGCUGAGCAGCAUCCUAAAGUACUGUUUGACUCUAUGCCCAUCAUUUGGAUAAAACCCACUGAAAAGAAAAGCAAUGGUGAACCUCAGAAAAUAUAUGUUUGCCCUCUUUAUAAGACCAGUGCGAGGAAGGGCACUCUCUCUACUACUGGCCACUCAACCAAUUUUGUAAUUUCCAUGCUGUUGCCCACCAGCAAGCUCCCUCAGCACUGGGUUAAACGUGGCGUGGCCAUGCUCUGCCAGCUCGAUGACUGAGAUCAGACAACACACCGCUGGAG